AUGGACACCACUUCACAGCGAGGUGCCAGUACUUCUGUCGGCACGUCGCAGGAAGAGCGGGACCACAGUGUCUCGCGUCUCACUCCUGAGAAGAAGGCAUGGAUGCCUCCAAAAUCCGUCAUGGAUCACUUGUCGGCGACGACGAGUGAUCGCUAUCGAACACGAUUGUUCGAUUCAUCAAGGAUCCAUCACCUUGACCCCAGUGAGAAAAACUAUCGCGCUGAGAAUGAUUUCUUCAUCGAUCCUUUCCUUGGUUAA